UUUUUGAAAAUUUUGAAGUUAAGUUCUUCCAAACAUGGUCUAAACUAGUCCUAAUUUCUCUCUUAAUCCACCCCAACCCCCUCAUAAUACCUGGUCACCAAAACAGUUCUAAGCAUGGUCUCUUAAAAUCCCUCAAUCUACCCGAAUAAGCCGUCAAGGUAUUGUGGCUCGUGAGAGGCUGACUGUGCUCUUCAUAAUUGAAGAUUUGAAUCUGAACCGCUGACACGUUUGAGCCAGCUCCGCGAGCCCGGCGCGGCGGCGCCCGUAAAAAAUCCCGGUGGACGGCGGCGACACGGAACGGGAACCAGUUGGGCGAGCUAGCAUGGAGGUGGAGCCGAAUCCAGCUGCGACACGCGAGGACCCACAUCCCUUCGUCCUCGAUGUUCUCGAAGGAUCAUGCCGAUGCCGCAGGGCGCGGGCAGAAGGCCAAGGCACACGGCGGAAGCGGAAGCGGAAGCGGAAGCGGAAGCGGGAGCCGGAAGCCGCGAAAAGCCAUGUGUCGCUCACGUGAAAAGAGCACCUCGGCUUCGCCUGCUUUCGCAGCUCGCACGGCACCUUCUCCAAAAGCGAGAAGCAGGAACUCGGCAAACUUCGAGGGGGCAAAGCGCAAAAAGCGCAGAACGCCAGAGGUUUUCUCCGCAGUCUAGAAAAUGUGCCAAACCCGUCGCUUCGUCUUCCUCUCCUUCCGGCUUCCGGCCCCGCUCCUCCCCAAAAUCCCCCAAAACCUGACGAGCUGGAGGGCCGAUCCGCGGCUCCCCGCCGCCUGAUCCGAGCAGUCUACUCGGCCCAGCCGGGGAUCCAAGCGGGAUGGGGUACUUGAGCUCCGUGAUCGGCCACCCCACCGAUGGAUCCUCCGUCAGCGGCGGCGGCCUCAGCCAGAAUGGUAGAUUUAGCUAUGGCUAUGCAAGCUCCCCUGGUAAAAGGGCAUCCAUGGAAGACUUCUAUGAGACAAAAAUUGAUUGUGUUGAUGGUCAGAUAGUUGGUCUUUUUGGAGUUUUUGAUGGUCAUGGUGGUGCUAAGGUAGCAGAGUAUGUUAAAGAAAACCUGUUCAACAAUCUUGUUAGUCAUCCAAAGUUCAUCAGUGAUACUAAAGUCGCUAUAGAUGAUGCUUAUAAAAGCACCGACAGUGAAUUCUUAGAAUCUGACAGUAGUCAAAAUCAAUGCGGGUCAACUGCAUCAACUGCUGUACUUGUUGGUGAUCGUCUCUUCGUCGCAAAUGUUGGUGACUCUAGGGCUAUCAUAUGCAGGGAAGGAAAUGCUAUUGCUGUUUCAAAGGAUCACAAGCCUGAUCAAACUGAUGAGCGGCAGCGUAUUGAAGAUGCUGGAGGUUUUGUGAUGUGGGCAGGAACAUGGCGCGUUGGUGGUGUACUUGCUGUUUCGCGUGCUUUUGGUGACAAACUCUUAAAGCAAUAUGUGGUUGUGGAUCCGGAGAUCCGAGAGGAAGUUGUUGAUGACACACUCGAGUUUCUUAUCCUUGCAAGUGAUGGGCUGUGGGAUGUGGUCUCUAACGAGGAAGCUGUUGCGAUGACUAGAUCCAUUAAGGACCCAGAAGAGGCUGCAAAGAUGCUCUUGCAAGAGGCGUACAAGAGGGAGAGCAGUGACAACAUAACUUGCGUCGUCGUGCACUUCUUGCAUGGGCAAGGUAGCAGCGGAUACGCUUAAAGCGUAGCAGUAAAAUUAUUUUACGCAGUGGUGUGCUCUGAUGUACAUGCGUCGAUUGAUUUCCCGAUGUUAAAUGGAGAAACGUAACUACGUAAGGUAGGAAACGUGUAUUAUGAUGGGUUGAACUGGGAAAUGCGUGUACCCUAUACUAUAUAUAUAUACUGUAGUGUGGUCGCGGACGAUGUUUGGGUCUGAAGAUAGUGUUGUAUUGUUGUGGGAAAAAAGAUAAUUGCGCUUUAGGUUUUGUUUGUUUCGGAUUA